CAAGCAACUUCCUCGGCAAUAUUAUCCAUGCAUCAUGUCUUAUCUCCCACGUCAAAAACUUGCCAAACCCUUCAACAAAAUCCCCCUUGAUCUCUCGAUCUUUCUCUCUCUUUGUGUGUGUAUAUAUACAUACAUAUACAUAUAUAUUGUAGUUUGAGAGACGCAAAGAUGCUGCCUAUAAUUAGCAAGUUGUACUGUCGGGGUGGUGAGACGGAAUUCGUGGUAAGGAUGAGGCCGCAUGCGGUGUACGGAGGGGGUUUGGUGGUGACGGAUUGUAGCAGCCACAAGGUUGUGUUUAGGGUGGAUGGUUGCGGUGUUCUUGGUAAAAGGGAUGAACUCAUUCUAAGAGACGCUGACUCUGUUCCUUUGCUUCUCAUGCGUCGAAAGGGUGCAGGAUUCGUUGAAGCGCUCUGCUUUAAUAAGGUCUGGAAAGGUUACCGUUUAGAUCAGUUGGAAGCCUCUGGAUCCGUGGUGAAGAAGCAGCUGGUUUUCAGUUUGAAGGAGUCAUCAUCAUCAUCAUCAUCAUCUUGUUUUAUUUCAAAAGGAGGUGGCCCAAUCAGAAUCACCACUCAACCGAGGAGUUUUAGUAACAAAUCCUGGGAUUUCGAGAUCAAAGGAUAUUUUCCUGACAAGUGUUGCAGCAUUCUUGAUUGUCAAGGCAACGUGGUUGGGAUCACCAAGGAAUUGGAGACAUUCAAGGAUGUGUACCAUGUAGUCGUCAAUCCAGGGAUCGAUCAAGCUUUUGUUUUCGGUGUCAUUGCUAUCCUUGACUACAUUUACGGCGAAUCUACUAUCUGCCCAUCGUGAAUCCUAAUUUGAAUUCAAAUGUACAGAUUAAAUAUUCUUUUGAAUGAGAAGAACAUGAUCCCAUGAUGGGUUUGUCUUACUUUA